CCACUAUGUAUGCUGAUUGUAUCCGAUCGUCUGUCGGCUGUCGGCUCUUGCGAAACGUCUGACCCCCAGGGGUAUGGAUGUUAUCUGGGGUAAAAGCAAGCUGAAUGGAGGGCUUGAAAGCCACCUCCAGUGAGGUCCUCAGAUGGAAGGAAUAUCAUUUCCUGGUUGAUAUGGCGCCAUUAGGGCUGUUCGUUGCGUAUCGGCUGUCGGCUGUUUGUCGCUUUUGGGCGUCAUCAGCUGACGUCAGCUGCUUUCCCGAAGGCGAAAUGGAAUAAUAUGAGGUCCUACGCACAGAUCCCGCAAUGGGAUCAUACCGAUUCCACCACAGUGCAACCUGAGCUCCUAUCGCGACAAGGAGUAUUCCGCAUAUACUGGCUCACGGCCAUUGUCUGUUGCGGUGGCAUACUUUUCGGAUAUGACUCGGGCGUCAUCGGGGGUGUCCUCACCUUCGACUCAUUUCUCCGCGAUUUUCAUUGCACCCCUGAGGUCCAAACCCGCGUGAGUGCUAUCGCGGUGGGCAUCCAACAGGCCGGCGCCCUGGCUGGCUGUCUGGCAAUAUGGCCUAUCACCAACCACCACGGUCGUCGACGGGCUAUGAUGUACUGCUCGGCCAUCUUCUGUCUGGGAGUCAUCUUUGAGGUCAUCAACUCGCACUCUCUGCCAGUCUUCUACCUUGGCCGUGUCAUUUGCGGACUCGGGAUCGGGGGAUCCGCUACGGUGAUCCCCAUCUACCUCUCUGAAAUGAGCCCUACGGACAUGCGCGCCCGCUUAGGUAGUUGCUACCAGUUCACGUUCACCGUAGGCAUCCUCGUCUCGUACUGGAUCGACUAUGGAAUCCAAUUCCGCCCCCCUACCGCCGCCCAGUGGCAAAUCCCACUAGCCCUACAGCUCGUCCCCGGCGCCCUAAUGGGCCUUGGCAUGCUAAAUCUUGACGAAAGCGUUCGCUGGCUCCUCAGCCAAGGAGACUCUCACCGCGCCUGGACCAGUCUAACCUGGAUCCGAGCAUCCUCCGGGCCCGCCGUCGCGGCCGAAUUCGCCCAAAUCAAAGAGGGUAUCGAAGCCGACCGCCACGCCACUGCAGACUUCCAUGUACGCGAACUAAUGGAAAAACCCAAUGCGCGUCGUUUCCUGCUAGGAAUCAGCCUCUUCCUCGCGCAGCAAUCCACCGGUGCCACGGCAAUGGCCUACUUCGGCCCGCAGUUCUUCUCUCUGUUGGUGGGGGGCGGUGGCACAAACCAUUCCCUCACAUUACUCUUAACGGGGAUAUUCGGCGCCCUGAAAGUAAUCAGCUGUCUUGCGUUCAUAAUCUGGAUCGCCGAACGUUUCGGCCGAAGACCCCUGCUUAUCCUCGGCGCUCUGGCCAUGUCCCUCUGCAUGGUCUCCACUGCCUUUGUCGUCAGAUCUGACCCAUCCCCUACCCCAACCCACACAACCGGCAAUGGCGUCAAGUCCACAGGAAUAUUAACAAUCGCCCUAAUCUACCUAGACAUCAUAGCCUACAACUUCUCCUGGGGUCCCCUCCCGUGGCCCUGCACGGCGGAGCUCUUCAACACCCGCAUCCGCGAACCGGGCGUUGCCGCCGGCGUCGCGGCCCAAUGGCUCGGUAAUUUCGUUUGGUCGGCAAGUACGCCGUAUAUCCUGGGGGGAAUAGGAUGGGCAACGUUUUUGUUAUUUGGGGCGCUUGAUUUAGUCAUUGCAGGGUUUGUGUGGGGUUGUUUGCCUGAGACCGGGGGGAGGAGUUUGGAGGAGAUUGAGGCGUUGUUUGAGCAGACUGUACCAGAUGAGGAAGCUGAGGCUUGUUUGGGGAAGGGAAGUGAUGAUGGGUCUUCUUCUCUUUCUCUUUCUCUUUCCUCUUCUUCCUCUAGACAUGGGAAUAGAGAGGGUGGUGAGAGGUACGGGUCUAUCGGAGAAUGAUUCCACAGUAUACAAUACGCAUUAGAUCACCGAUACUGAAUAUCAAUUUAAACAUCGUCAUCUU